AUGACCACCUCCUUAGUCCUGAAUCCUCGCUGGGCGGACACAGUCAUGUUUGUAUACGAAAACAACCUGGACGAGCUCAACAAAAGCAUGGACGGCCUGGUUGGCACUGGCAAUUACGCAGCCAGUCAGUGCAGGAAUCUGAUGGCCCAUUCCGCGUUAGGGGGUCAUCCGUCCAGCCUGGUGCACGGCUACGCCGCCGGGGACGUAGCUGGCUCCGGAUCAGGCGACGCGGGAAAGCAGUGCCCAACAGUUCCUCAAAGUUCCGCAACGACCCCACUGCCAUAUGGGUAUUUUGGCAACAGCUAUUACCCUUGCAGAAUGGGGAGGGGCUCGCUGAAGUCUUGCACGCAGCCUAGCCCCCUCAGUUACUCAGCAGAGAAAUACAUGGACACCCCUGUCACUUCCGAAGAGUACUCCAGCAGGACCAAAGAAUUCGCGUUUUACCACGGUUAUCCCAGCCCUUACCAGCCCAUGGCGAGCUAUCUGGACGUUUCCGUGGUGCAGACUCUCGGCACAGGGGAACCCAGGCACGACACACUGCUGCCGAUGGACAGCUAUCAGCCCUGGGCGUUGACAAACGGAUGGGGCGGCCAAAUGUACUGCGCUAAAGACCAGGGCCAGGCUGGAAGUAUUUGGAAAUCGGCGUUAGUAGACGUAGUGGGUCACCAGCACGACGGAAGCCCCUUUCGCCGCGGAAGAAAGAAACGGAUACCCUACACCAAGGUGCAGCUAAAAGAACUGGAGAAAGAAUACACCGCCAACAAGUUCAUCACGAAAGACAAGAGGAGGAAGAUCUCAGCCGUGACCAAUCUGUCCGAAAGACAGAUAACAAUCUGGUUUCAGAACAGGAGGGUUAAGGAAAAGAAGUUCAGUGCUAAAGCCAAGAACCCUGCUCCUCCGCUUGGUUAA